AAAAGCAACGUCAAACGGAAACUAACACUCGACGCGCGCGGUUGUGUGUCAAUCUCAUCUCCGUCGUCGUACUAGUGCGUCGCGUUGAAUGUGUAGAGGAAAAGAUACUGUGUUUAAAGUGUGUUUUAUUCCUACAACUGUGUUCAGUGUUUCAAGUUAGACUGGUUAGGCGCUCCUUCAAUUGUUGGUGUGUGUGUGUAUUUGUUGCUGUGCUGUACACGCAGCUGUAGUUCAAUUUCGUAAAUAGUGAAGUGAAAAAAAAGCAACACCCUCGUGUGUGUAUGUGUUGGUGGAAAGUGUUUUGCGCACAUGUGUGAUGCGUGGAGCUGCUCCACUGGCUUACCAAAGGCCUGAUGUGUAUGUGUGUGUGAAUAUAUUUGACGUUCGACCGCUGGGCAGCACGUUUUAGGAGUUGUUUUUACAGUGUUUCCUGGCGCGGCGUUGGAGCAUGGUUUAAGGGUGUCGUCUUCCUCGGUUGAAGAAACCCUUUCAACAUCCCAACAACAGCAGUCCCAGCAGGUCAAAGGCAGCACACCGUUGCGCGAGUCAGGUGCAGCAGUAAUUGAUGUAACGGGAAGAACGCAAAGUGUGCCAAUUCUGGAGUGUGGCUGCUGCUCUAUCUCUCAUAAGAACAUCCCGCGCGCGAUCGUUGGAAUGAGUUGAAGAUCUUACACAAUCGAACACGCGUCAGUGUGACGAGAUAUACAGCAUAGGAGAGAUCUUCAAAAGAGAACAAAGAGCAUCUCGUCAGGACGAAGGGGCAAUCGAGUGAGACGUUUGAAUGCGUUCGCCGCAGUCGUCAUAGUUUGUGGAAGCGUGAACAAGUGGCUGGAAUUAUAUCUGUGGUCGCAUUAAUCUUCAAGUUGGUGGUGUUGGUGCAGUGUGUAAAGCGGCAGCAUUACAGACAGUUGCAAUCGCAUUACAGACAGUUGUGGAGUGUUUCUAAUGCUCGAUCUCACGAUCCACUGUACUGCGAACGAUGCCUAACCGGACCGCCGCCAUACGGGGUUGCUAGUUAUGAAUGAAGUGUGUCCGCUCCCUCUCUAAACAACAGUGUACAGUGAAGCAAGCAAACCUGAUCGCUGUGCACAAGUGCACUGCUCGAGGGUGACGAAAAGCAAACAAGUGAACGGAUAGUAGAAAGAGACAGAGAUCUAAAGCUGCAGUUGUAGCGGAGUGUAGCCCGGACUUUGUGUCCACGCUGUGUGUGUGGCUUUUAACAGAACAGAAUCACAACAAAAUUCACACACAGACACACAAUGGCACGAGCACGAAAGAAACUCUGCAUGCAAAUGCACCCAACAUCGAGCACGGCUGUGAGCGGGCUGCUGCUGCUGGCCAUGCUGGUAGCCAUUUGCCACGAUGUCCGAGUGUUGGCCCACACCGAACUCAUCAAGGAUGAUCAUCUGGAGGGUCCGAACGUAUGCAAGGAAGUGGAAAACAUAACCGUCACGAUAACGACACCGCGCGAGGAAGCGUACCAGGAGCGGUACCAGAAGUGGUGUCUCGGCAUACCGCCCCGCUGUUCGGCGUACCGCAUCAAGAUCCGGACGGUGAACGAAACGCGCACCGUCAUCAACCAGCGCAUCGUGAAGAAGUGCUGCGUCGGCUACCAGCUGGACGAGGAGCAGCUGCACUGCAUACCGGAGUGCAAGGCGGGCUGCGUGUACGGCACGUGCAUCAACCCGGACGUGUGCCGGUGCAACAAAGGAUAUGCUGGCAAAACGUGCAACAUAAGUUGUCCACCGAACGUUUGGGGCUCGGACUGCAAGCAACCGUGCAAGUGUGCGAACGGGGCGGUAUGCAAUGCGGCCGACGGUAGCUGUGAGUGUAGCCGUGGCUUCAAGGGCCGGUACUGCGAGGAAACGUGCCCGAGCGAUCGGUUCGGGCAGGACUGUGCCGAGAUCUGCCAGUGCAAGAACGGUGGCAAGUGCGACCACGUGUCCGGGGAGUGCUUCUGUGCGGCAGGAUACACCGGACCGCUCUGCACCGAACCUUGCCCGGCCGGUACGCACGGGGCCCAGUGUCAGUCGAAGUGCCGCUGCCAGAACGGCGGAACGUGCGAUCCAGUGACGGGUGAGUGUGUUUGUCCGGCCGGUUUCACCGGUAUGGUGUGCGCGAACCGUUGCCAGCCCGGCUGGUAUGGGCUGCAGUGCGCGAAGCGGUGCGAAUGCUUCAACGGCGCCGACUGCGACCGGGUGACGGGCCAGUGCAUCUGUGCGCCCGGGUUUAUGGGCGCCAAGUGUCUCGACUCCUGCCCGAACAAUCAGUACGGCAUCAACUGUACCGAGACGUGCCGGUGCCAGAACGAGGGCAUCUGUGAUACGGCCGACGGGCGCUGCACCUGCCCGGACGGGUGGAAGGGUGCAGAUUGUGGGCAGCGGAUCUGUCCCCAGGGUCGGUACGGGGCGAACUGUACCGGCGUGUGUGACUGCAAAUGGGACAACACGAAAAUGUGCCAUCCAUGGACGGGCAAGUGUCUUUGCGAACCGGGCUGGAGUAACAGUGCCUGCGAUCGGCCUUGCCGCUUCCUGCGCUACGGACAGGACUGUCAGCUGAUGUGCAACUGCAAAAACUCAUCUCCCUGUUCGCAUAUUGACGGCACGUGCCUUUGCAUUGCCGGCUUCAAGGGCGAAAGCUGCGAGGAGCCCUGCUCAAACAACACGUACGGCCAGAACUGUAGCGAGCGGUGCCAGUGCAUGAACGGGGCGGCCUGCGACGGUGAAUCGGGCAAGUGUGCCUGUGCACCGGGCUGGCAGGGCAUCAAGUGCGAUAGGCCGUGCGAUGCGCAGCACUAUGGGCGGGACUGUACCGAGAAGUGCCACUGCCAGAACGGGGGCGUUUGCAAUCCCAUCAACGGUCAGUGCACGUGCCCGGCCGGAUGGACGGGCGAGCUGUGCGACAAGAAGUGUUCGCCCGGCCGGUUCGGGCAGAACUGUGAGCAGCUGUGCGAUUGCCAUCUGGAGAACUCGCUCGCCUGCAAUGCCACCACCGGUCGGUGUAUCUGCAAGGCAGACUGGGGUGGUGUUCGCUGUGAGAGUCGCUGUCCGCUCGGAUACUACGGCGAAAGCUGCAGUGAGAUCUGCACCUGCCAUAACAACUCGUCCUGCGAUCCCACGACCGGUGAGUGCAUCUGUUCGCGUGGCUGGACCGGCCCAAGCUGCAACGAACCCUGCCCGAAAGGGUUCUUCGGCCACGGCUGCAUGGAACGGUGCUCGGGCUCGGCGGAAAGCAAUCGCACCUGCAACCCCAUCACCGGCCAGUACAGCUGCCCGCCCGGGUACGUUGGACCGACGUGCGAGCAUCCGUGCUCGUCCGGCUACUACGGGCAGGAUUGUCAGAAAAAGUGCCCAGAGUGUCGCAACGGUGCCGAAUGUUCGCACAUCACAGGGGAGUGUCAGUGUACGCCCGGCUGGAAGGGACCGCUGUGCGAGACGGUGUGCGAGGGCAUGUACUACGGCACGAACUGUAGUCAGGUGUGCAACUGUAAGAAUAAUGCAAAGUGUCGGAAGAACGAUGGCACCUGUAUUUGUGACGCCGGGUGGAUGGGACACCGGUGCGAUGAGGUUUGUCCGGAAGGGUUCUACGGAAAUCAUUGCAUGGAGGCGUGCGAGUGUCCGGCCGGCAACUUUUUGUGCCAUGCGGCGAAGGGCUGUGUGUGCAGCGUGGGCUGGACGGGAAAGAACUGUGACGAGCGUAUGACGAACAUGCUGACGCAGGAUCGGGUCGAUGAAGCGACACGUUUAGUAAAUGAAGCAAAUCACACGUCAAACGAUGACGUCACCAACAUAACAGAAAAUAAGCCAAAACAAGCGAUCGAACACUCUCCAGCGCUGUACAAUCUUCGCAUAGAGCUGCUAAACGAUUCCGACACGCAUCACCACGAACGGGAACACCACGUGCUCGCCGGUGAACACAUUGCGAGCAGUCGUCCUAAAGCAUCCGCAGUGUAUAACGUCACGGUUGAGUUCUCACUGUACGGCAAUAGCUUUCUCACGCGCUACAAUCGAACACAUUCGCUUCGGCCAGGGCAGCAGAUGACGUUACAGUAUCGGGACGACGGCUUUCUUGACCUCACACUUGUGCAGAUGAAUUCGUACGUUACGCUCGGGGAGGAUUUGGUGGCCAGUAGCUCGGCUAAUGUUAUGGAAACAUUCAUCAACAGCACUAGCUAUCGUGUAGGAUUGGAGGAGGGGUUGACAGUGUACGUGUCUUAUGUGGAUCUGCAGGAGAGAAACGAUUUGGAAUGUGAUUGUGAAGGUAAUAGGACGUUUUUGCUGCGUACGGGACAGAAGAUGGUGAUAAGGUUGAUAAGGAUGAAAGAGCCAACACCGAAAACGAUCGAAGAAACCACUGUAAUCCAUGAAGAUGAGAGUGUAGAUCAUUCUACAGAUGCAACUAGAGCUCAAAACACAGCAGAAGAAACUACUGACGAUCGCUUUAGAAUGGUAGAUGAGGUGGAUGGACAUGAAUUUCCCAUUACAACCACAUCCUGGAUGGAUACUGUUACUUCGGAUGAACAAAGCUUAAUUACUGAGGCAGUUCCAGUGGUAACAGAAAGCCUUCAACCAACGAAUUCAACUUCAAAAGAGACUUCUCCGGGAGUGGAUUAUAAUCGUAAUGUCUCGAAUAAUAGUCGAGAGGAUGCUACAACCCCUCAAACUGAUUUACUUGCGACUAAUCCGACAACUGUUCCUUCUCUGAUGAGCACAAUACCUUCAAAUGUACAAGAUCUAAUUACUAUUGCUGUGAACCAUACAACAGAGAGUAUCGAACCAACAAAUUCCACUGUAAAAGAAGUCUCAAAGGAAGAUGCAAAUAGCUCUAAUCGCAAUGUCCCGGAUAAUACUCAGGAAGACAGCAAAGAUGGUGGUCCUACGACCGUAAAAAUGAACUUAAGCGACCAUGAUGAAAAAAAAGAAGAGUAUUUAAAUGAAUGGUUGAAAGAGUUUUACGGACUUGAUGACGAAGUUGAGAGAAGAAUGGAAAAAGACGAUAAAACAAUAACGAAUUCAUCAUCUUCUGUGGUGGCCCAAUCACAAAUUCAACCACCAGAGCGACUAUUGGGUUCCUCCAGCUCCACCGUAUGGAUGGUAGUGCUGUUGCUAAUGUUUGGCGCGAUGCUUACCGCAAUGCUGCUGUACUACCGGCGCCGCGUCGCCAGCCUUAAGGCGGAAGUCAAUCACGUCGUCAACUACAUGACCCAGGAGCAGCCGAGCCAUUUCGACAAUCCCGUCUACGCACGAACCGGCGGUGGUGGUGCUCCAAACGGUGGCAGCAUCGCCAGCGGCACACUUUCCUCCAACGGAACGAUCGUACCGCCGCUCGAUGCACGCACCGGCCUGUUGCGCAAUGUGCUGCCGAACAAUUUGCGCGAUGUCAUGUCGGGGCGGCGUAAGCAAAAUCAGGACAAGUACAGCUACCCGGACAAUGAGUACGAUGUGGACAAAUCGCUUUCCUUCUCGCACUAUCGGCCGGAAAGUUUGAAAAACUUUGAAGCAGACAUGACCAAUCCAAACUUUAAGGAUCACGUGUACGAUGAGAUUCGACUGAAGGAUUCUAUCGCCGCUUUAUCGCGGGAUCCGAAUUACGCCUACAUUUACACCGAGUACGACCACCUGGACUACUCUCGCCCGGGAAGCUCCCACAAAGCGCACUACUUCCGCAUGAACGAUGGCGCCUCGAAUGGAAACGUCACAGCAAACGGUGGUGGCACCCUUACCGCAUCGAUCGCAUCGUCCAACGCGUACGGCAACGGGUCACCGAAGGCGAUCAACGUGCUGCGUGACACUGCUUCCGCCGGUCCCAUCAACAACCUGUCCGCACCGCCCACCGCCAGCCGGGUGAACAAUCUCCUGCCCGCCAUCCCGUCCGUACCGGCGGAGGCGAAGUGUAGCAACACCGACAGCGCCAGCCUCGGUAACGAUCUUUCCUCGUCCUCGAACUCCUCAUCCCCAACGCCACCAUCAUCACCCUCCCAGCAGCGUCAGCGGCUCGUACCGGGCGGGGACGAUCUGUACGUGCCGAUGUCGGCCGGUGUUGCAGCCGCCACCAGCGCCGAGCACGGUUCGUCCGCAUCGUCCUCCGGGUCCGAGUUUGGCGGGCUAAAGAUCCCCGACCAUCAGCUCAACAUCAAGGAGUAAAUCCGUGCCCACGCGGGCAAUCCUUUUUCGUUUUCUCAUCGAAAAGUCCACAGCAAUUGGUUGGGAUUUUCGUGUCUCGUGGCAAUUUGCAUUUGUGUGUGAUAUAGUACCCCCGGCCCCCGGAUCCUUUCCCCUGUUGAGUGUUCCUUUGCGUUUGCAUCUCGAUGAUCAUUACGAUCAUCACCCGUCUUCUUUCAUCAUCCCCCCCCCCGUCCCUCUCAUUUGUACACAUGUAAGGCAAUCAUCCCCCAAGCGUGAUUAGGAGUUGUGUGUGUGUGAGUGUUUGUUUUAGUUUUUCAUUUCGUCGUUCGCUUCCGUUCCGUUUUUUUCUUUUCUUUUCUUUUUUUAGGUGUUUAAUUUUUAGGUUACGCAUGCAAGCAGCAGCGCGCCCCUCUAUUUGCCUCUGCCUAUUACUUCCUCUUCCACAUAUAUGUGUAUGUAUGUGACUGUAUAGGUGUGUGUUUGUAUGUAUGCGUGUGUGUGUGUGUCUGCGUGAUAGCAUAAUGAUCGUGAUAAAAGUGAAAACACGUGGAGGAGAAACGUCUACUAACAACGAUAAAACGGAACACAUAGGCAUAUUACACAUCAAAACCGUGCGCGUGCCAAAAUAUUGUAAAAGGAAGAGAGAAAGAGAGAGAGAGAGGAAGGAAGAAAGUGAGAGUCACAAUACAGUAAGGUUGUAUACUACUUUUUAAGCAGCAUUAUUGAAUCUCAACACGCCUGAUGUUGUUUGGUGUGUGUAUCGCCAAUAGAAAAUGCCUCGUGUGGCAGACAACGACGCCCCAGAACUGAUUUUCAGCUUAUUUGGCUUGUUUUCUAUUUUUCCCAAUUAUUCCCACAACGAUCGUGUGCGGAGGAGGGCACACGCAUUAUUUUCCUUACUUCUUUUACACUACUAUUUUGUACAAUGAUGAAGCCAAGUUGUACACAUUUUAGAAGCGAUUUUAUAAGUUUUUUUUUGUCACCCCCGCAGCACAGGAUCGUACCGAUUCUGUUUAAAGAAGGAACACGGAUUUCAAGGCGUUAUAAUUUGUACGUGAAGAUUACAGUAUAGAGAGGGGGGGUGCAAGGUGAUUGUAGUUUCCUGUGAGCAGGAGCAAUUGAAAGUCAAAGACGAUUCAUAGUUAAUAAAGUGCAUUUGCAAGCCAAUUUGGGGAAAAAGCAAGUGAAAAGUAGGGGCAAAAUUUUCUCUCCCACGUUAUCAAUAAGCAAUACAAAUAAGCGUAAGCAAUUCGUUACAAAAACAAAAAAAGAUUCGUUAAAUUCGUGUGUUUUCUAAAAGAAAAAUAUAACAAAAGAGCAAAGAUAAAACUAUUUUUGGAAAGUAAAGAACAUAAUAGAGUCUAAUCGAGUAAAAUAAUAAGUGGAGGAGUGUUUGAGAGAACCUGGCAGAAGAAGAGAGAUCCAAAAUGGAGGGAAGCGGCGUUCUUUUUGCCCUCCCUAAUGAUUCCUUCAUCGUUCGAAAAUCGUGUUAAAAUAUGAUAAGAAGUUUAAUAGAGAGUUGUAAGAUUAUCUUUAACAUGUGAGGCACGUGUAGCAAAAAAGAAGAAAAAAAACAGCAAUCCUGAAGAAGUAUUGAACUGAAAUUGGAUUGGACAUUAUUAUAAUGAUGAAAUAAACGAAAUUAGAUGAAUUACACACUAUUUACUUCAAAACAA